CGCGUGGGGGUUGCACGAAGACCCCCUGGUGGGGUUCUGGCUGCCGACCCCACAGUCCCCCGCUGGAAAUGAUAUCAGUCGCGACUCGGUCGAGGGAGCCCCAGCACGCGUCGUGCCCCUCGCAGAGUGACCCCGCUUGCUCGCUCGAUUGUCCACUUGCUAUACGUUCGCGUUCACAUUUCCUUAUCGGUGCCGGCUUUCACUUGAAACUCACGGUUUCGGGGGGCAGAAAGGGUGUACGGUGCUCGCGUACAAGGAGUAACAGAGGAGUUGACACUGUGUACUUUGACCUACCCCUUCUUGGAACACACUCGUUGCUUCAGUCUGGUGGACUAAACAACGAGAUUUUUCCUAACUUUCACCAUUGGACAAUCAAAGAGGAGACCUGAAGCGUUACAAUAAUGGGUGAUAAGACAUUCAAUCUUACUUGGAACAAUCACCUGGCAAACUUGUCCGGAUUGUUUGAAGGGCUGUAUAAAAGUGGCUCUUUGACUGACACGACCUUAGCCUGCCAGGGUGGUAUGCUGAGAGCACACAGAUUGGUCUUGGCAGCAUGUAGUCCUUACUUCGAAAGAGUCUUCAAAGAACACUAUGGUGAACAACCGAUUCUUAUUUUAAAAGGCGUGGCGGUUGAAGAAAUGGAAUGUCUUCUAGAUUUUAUGUAUCGAGGUUCCAUCGACGUCGCGGAGGAGCACUUGCCUUCCUUAAUAAAAACCGCGACGGAUUUGGAAGUUCGUGGUCUCUCGGGUGACCACAGGAAUCAAGAAAACAGUCGGAGUCCUUACACGAGAGUCGAAACGCGAAUGCAACGGUGUCACAUAGAAACGAGGGUUCACACAACCGAGUACAUGAAGGAGCCCUCCGUAAUUCCUUUCCUGCCGAAACAGUCUUCCGUGGAAUCGUUGGAAGAUCACAUUAAAGUAGAAGAAAUCGAAGUGGAGGACGAUCCAAUGGUGAUCGACGGGCACGAAGAUGCGUUCGACGAACCUUUACGAUCAUCGGAAACGCAAAUUAGACGUAUGCCGCCACCAAUGUACAAACGGGAAACAAGAUUUAAAGGACAAAAAAGAGUCUCUGUUGGACGUACUUCUAGGAACACUGAACCACAAGAGUAUAGGUCGAAAGAACGUUUAGUUCAAAAGGAAGACACUUCUAGAGAGGACAUGUACGAGGACACGUCAAACACAGUUAAAUCUGAACCAAGCUUUAAUAACGGAUCUACUGACCCUACAGUACCGGAUAUACAGAUGAACGAUGACUUACAAGAACGAGAUGAGAGUAUGGAUUCGUCAAGAAGUACAGAUGAGAGUUCAAGGUUACUGAUUAAGAAAAAGAACGAGAUUGGCUCGAAAAGGACAGGACUGAACGAGGGAAAGGAAACUAGGCCGUUAAUGUCAAAAUCCGAAAGGGCUCAAUAUAAACCUUUCUCUUGCGAUCUUUGUACUCUAGCCUUUACACGGGCUUCUCAUUUAGCUAGACAUAGAAGAGUUCACACAGGAGAAAGGCCAUUCGCCUGCAGCAUUUGCCCACGGAUGUUCGCCAGGCAAGAUAAGCUGAAGCAACAUUUGGAUUCACAUUUACAAUGGCCGAAAAGGAAAAACAAUUUAUCGAACACAAGCUGUCAGUCGACGACAUCCUCACCGAGCAAAGGAAAAAGAGGUCGACCGCGAAAGGUGAACUUGGAGCAAUCGGCCAUGGAAGAGAUUCUGAAAUUCGGCGAAUUCAGUUCCUUGCUGAAUAAAUCUCAUUCUGCCAAUUCGUCAGACAAAAGCGAGGAAUUUGCUGGCACAGAUAACCAAAGAAAACUUGAUGAUCAGAAGGAGGACACUAUGGAACAGAGAGACGAAGAAAAGGAAAAGGACGGAGAUACAGAUAUGGAUGUGGACAAGAAUAAGGACAGUUACGGUUGUCAAGUCGGAAACGGAACUAAGGUGAAACAAGGAUAGACAGAAAAUGACAAAUUUGUUGGUCCUUUGGACACCAAGAAUAUUGGUAAGGUGUUAUUCUAUAGAUCCUAUAGACUUUUGAAUGCAUACUCAUUUAUUCCAAAUGAAAUGGGAAAGAUAUAAAAAAAACAGUUGAAGGCUGAAAAAAACGCUAAUAGAAAUUGGUGAUUGUUAAUUUUAAAUGAUUGUCAGUUUAUGGAAAAUGCAUGAAACGUAAAACUUCAAAGCUAUUUUAUAGGUAAAAGUUGAUAGUUAUAUCGCUAUGAGAAAACAUUUCAUAGACUUUUAUUUCACAAUGUCAAAAACGAUAAAUUACGACGAUAAUUAUAGUGACAUUUAUAGUCCAUUUAUACAAGGAAAUCAUAAUAAAACAAAAUAUUAUACAUUAAACAUAAAGAAUAAUUAUUAGUAACAAACAUUCUGUUUGUUAUUUUAAACCAGUAAUUUAUAAACAUAGGAUUUCUCUUAGUUUUCGAGAUAUUUCCGUAUAUUGAUAUCACUACAAAGAAUUCUGUGUGUAUUGUAACGUAUAUUGGUUAUCAAUCAUUUUACUUAUAAAGUAAUACCAGCCUCACCAAUACCAGUUUUAUCUAUCUAAAUCAAACUCAUUUCCUAUGCAUAGUAAGGAACUGAUUAUUGUAGAUACAGUUAGAAAAAAGUAAACAAUAACAUGAAUAAAGAAUCGAAUCUGGCACUUUGUUUAUGGCCACCGCGUCGUAAGACAGGUGUAUGCUAAUACAUACUAUGUCUUUACUCGAUGCAAAAGUAGAUUUAGUCGAGUAGCUCAACUGUUCGCUGGCUAAAUCAAAAUUAAAUUAAAACGAAGAAAGAAGUGUCUUUUAUACGCGUCAGAAUAGUUUCAAAACUGAUGUUAUUUGUUUCGAAAACAAAAAUUUUUUUCUUAACCACGUACCAAAAACGUCAAAAUUUUUACAUCAGCCCAAUAUUAACCACUUAUCAGCUAAAUCGGGCAACUCCACAAAAUAUAAAGUAAAGAAAAGUGAUUCGACAGUACACAUUGACAUUGAAAUUUUAUUUUUAAAUGAGAAAUCAAAUAAACAUUAUAUAUUA